CGAAGGCACCUCAGAGCAGACGGGUGCAUUGCUCAAACCAAGUGGGAUACGGUGCAGGCUUUGAUAGUGCGUUAAUUACUCAUGUGAUGUGAUACAGAUGUCUGGGGGCUUCAGCCGAAAGUUUGCCUGACGGUUUCCAAGGGGGCCAGGCAGACAUUUUAGAAGCGCUGGGACUUUGAACAGGAAGAACUCUGGGCUAUAAGAGUUGCCUGUGCUGGUGACAUGAUGAAAAGGGCUUCACUAUCGAUCUGACAGUUUGAAACUUUAGCUGCUCUUCACCAGGAGUUUUGUGGAGGGAAUUGCUCUGAUUGUGUCCAGAAGAGAAAUAUUGGAACCGUCUUUCAAUCAGUAAAAUCCAAGCGACCAAAUGUGUUCCAUAAUGGGAACCCCAGCUGUGCAUAUGUUGGUGCUAAUGACCUGUAUGGCAGCCAGAGGAAUGUGCCAGAUAAACAGAGUAGCAGAGGAGGACUCUCUCCCAGGCUCCCUCGUCCACUCCACCCUCCAGUCUCCGGCUUUCUACAGCACCGCCAGUCCCAGCACGGGGCCCGGCCUCCACCUGGGGGCCCCGGGGGCCGAGGCACAAGCUGUGGGAUCUGGAAAUAACACUGUCGUAAAGAGGCCGAUGCGACCUCCGGGGUGCGUCGUACCUACUUCGAUUAGUGGCUAUUUCAAGUACAUCAACACCGUCAUUUCCAUUAUAGUGUUUGUGGUCGGCCUGGUCGGCAACGCCACCCUGCUGAGGAUUAUAUACCACAACAAGUGCAUGAGGAACGGGCCAAACGCCCUCAUUGCCAGUCUGGCCCUGGGGGACCUCAUCUACAUAAUCACGGAUAUACCCAUCAAUGUAUACAAGCUCCUGGCGUCCCGCUGGCCUUUUGACAACAGUAUCGUCGGCCUGUAUCUGUGCAAGAUGGUGCCCUUCCUGCAGAAAGCCUCCGUGGGCAUCACGGUCCUCAACCUGUGUGCUCUCAGCGUGGACAGGUACAGAGCUGUGGCCUCCUGGAGCAGAGUCCAGGGAGUGGGCAUCCCUCUGCUCACAGUCAUAGAGAUCAUGUCUAUCUGGUUGCUGUCGCUCUUCCUGGCCGUGCCAGAGGCGAUCGGCUUCGACAUGAUCACCUUCAACUACAGGAACGAAACCAUACGCACCUGCAUGCUUAACCCCAAGACUGACUUCAUGAUGUUCUAUAUGGAAGCAAAGGACUGGUGGUUGUUUGGCUUCUACUUCUGUGUACCACUAGCCUGCACCGCUGUGUUCUACACUCUGAUGACCUGCGAGAUGCUCAACCGCAGGGAUGGCAGCCUUCGGAUAGCCCUCAGUGAGCACCUCAAACAGAGGAGGGAGGUGGCCAGAGCCGUUUUCUGCCUGGUCCUUAUCUUUGCCCUCUGCUGGUUCCCACUGCACCUCAGCAGGAUCCUUAAGAAGAUGGUUUACUACCAGAAUGAUAAGAUGCGCUGUGAGCUGCUCAAUUUCCUGUUGGUUCUGGAUUACUUCAGUAUCAACCUUGUAACAAUCAACUCCUGCAUAAACCCUAUUAUCCUCUUCUUUGUCAGCAAGAAGUUUAAAAACUGCUUCAAGUCGUGUUUGUGCUGCUGGUGUUAUUCUGACAACCAGCUGAGCAGCAUCGGACCCAUGAACGGUACCAGUAUCCAGUGUAAAAGCCCCGAGCCCAACAACGUCCACGCUGAUCGCAGCAUCAGGAAGGACAGCGACUGAUCUCUCAACUCAUAUCAUCUCUAUUUUCAAGCACUUCCAUAUAUCCAGCAGCUUUUUUUUUUAAAUACAACAAAUGCACACCCUUGAAUAUAUACAUCACAAAGGACUUUUUCAGACAAUAAAUGCAUAUCCUUUGGACCACUGAAGCAGAAAAUGAGCCUGGCAGGGAUGGGCUAGGAACUGGAGAUAAAAGGAACUAAUAAUGGAGUUGUCCCGGAGCCCCUCAGGGGGCUAAACUUCCUAUGACAAACUCCUUGUAUUUCCACACCCACAGACAGGGACGCUGUAGCGUGAGAGAAGAACGGAGAAAGCGGGAUGAGGAGGACGAGGACCCCUAACAGGAUGAAGCUGAGCGGUGACUAUAAAUGACUCUCUAUCAGUAGCAACGCGUGCUAUUCCUGUAAAGGGCAGCACUACUGGGAAGGAAGCGCAAAGCUACAGGAAGGAAAAAGGAGACUGCUCGCUGUCAGAGGGGAUGAUGGGAGAUGAGCAUGAACUUUCCCCAUGAGUUCGCGACUCAUUGAUGUUGGAAAACAGGAGAGCAUGUUACCGACUCAAACAACAAUUCAUUUUCCAUUAAACAUGCGCAGUGUAUCUUACUCACACUCAUUAUUCAUUGAGCUACUUUGUGGUAUAAUUAGAAGAAGGUUUUGAAGUUCAUUUGCUUCCCACUGCUUGACAAAAAACCUUUUUCUGAUACAUCAGGUAAAGAGGAAAAAUGUCUCUAAACAGACAGAUGCAUCCUUUUAUUGGGAAUCCUCCCCACACACACUAUUUCUGUUUACUGAAACCAUGAUCCAAAGACAUAAGAAGCUGCUGGUAAUCAAAAAAAUGAAAGUUUUCAGCACAUAAUCACAUCUGGUGUCGGAAUAAGCCAAAGUACACUGGCACUAAACCCAGUACAGGGUUGUACAUUUUAAAGUGGAUAAGCUACAACUCUGUAGUUCCUUAGCAUGUGGAGCAAAUGAUAAAUAUGAGGUAAUGCAUUAUGACAGGUCAGAUAUCACCAUACACCAAAUGGACAGGAAUUAGACAGGAAUUAGCUUUUCUAUAAACACUGUGAAUUUUAACAAAUAUACUCAACAAUACUUGUGACUUUUAUAUGCCUGUAUAACCAAUGGAGUAUAUAUAUAUAUAUAUAUAUAUAUCUGUAUAUGUUUUGAGUCCACUUUUAUAAAGUGUUAUAUUGCAGUAAUAAUAAGUAUUUCACUCUGACAACAUUACCUGUGUAAUGACAUAGGCCAGUUUUUAACGGUGGUGGUAAACGUUCCAAAUAUCAAAGGAAUUGCUAGAGAUUUGGGGAAAAUACCCCAAGAGUUAGCAAGAUGAGAAGAAUGAUACACUCUCAUCUCUGUACAAUUAAUAUUUAGCAAUGCAGCCAGAAAGGAUUUGCUUCGUUUAGCAUACAUACUGGAGAAAAAGGAAACGCUGCUGUGUCAAAACUGGUGACAAGGGAUAAUAAAAACCCACUAACCACUU